AUGGCCCAAAGCACCCUCCCAGAGAUACUCGUCCUAUGCAUGGAUGACAAGUAUAUUCAUGCUCUCGACGAAGCGUUUCGCAAGCGCUGGCCGAGUCAUGCAGAAUUCUUGACCGUAAAGACGAUCCACGAGAAGCUGCGCAAUGUACCAAAUGAGAACCAAUUCGAUCUGAUAGUCUCUCCCGCAAAUUCGUAUGGACUGCUUGAUGGUGCAUUUGACGAUGCCAUAUCUCGCACCUUUUGUCUUCCCCAACACGAUUACAGAGCUUUGACCAUUGCUGCGCAACAGACACUGUACCAGAAAUGGCGCGGAUUUGCACCGCCUGGUACAUGCACGCUAGUGACAAUGCCGACAGAGCUGCAAAAGACGAAUCGAUGGAAUUGCAAGCACCUAGCACUGUGUCCGACUAUGAGAUUGCCAAGCGAUGCACGCUGGGACCGCGAGAUAGUUUACGAGUGUGUGUGGAGUCUCCUGUGUGAGAUCGAUCGCUUUAAUGGCAGUAUCAAUGAUAAACCUGGAGAUAUAAAAGCAGACGAAAAGAUCAAUCGAAUUUUGACGACUCCCCUGGCGACUGGUAUCGGAAAGGUGAGUGCUGAAAGGUGGGCUACGCAAUUCGUGCUUGCAUUGAAGCAUUUUACGGAUGCAUUGGCAAGACCUCAACGGUGGAGUAGCCUAGACUGGGGCGACAUGAAAGAGGCUGCGGAGGUUGAGAUGACAUGGAAUUAG